CGCCGGUCGGAUAGUCCGCGGGUAAAAGGUCAGCAAAGAUGCAGACUCCGGAAGAGUUUAUUUAAAAGUGCCCAUAAAUAUGGCGUCAAGUGUGAUGCGGAUGUCUGCGUUAUCCUACGGACGCGGGAAGAUGGCCGAAUAUUUACCUUCAGUACUGACUCAUUCGACGAAUUUUUGCCUAUCUUGCAAGAACUGGUG